GCAAGUGGGCGGCUCAGGAUUCUGCGCUGGGCUGCGGCAAGUGAGCUGAACUCUGAUUUCUCCUAAGUCACCUGUGCGGGUGAACUUGAAACUGGGCACCUGCAUUGACGCUGAAUCUCUUUAUCCAGGCUGAGGAGUUCCUUCUGUCUGCCACAGGCGGCUGGCUCUCUGCCCUUGGGGAGAAAGAUGCCUGGGAGAGGAGUAGGAUUUCAGGUUGGGAUGCUAGGCGCACACCGGGGAGCCAGAGUGCCUUGGUCCUGUGCUUCGCAAAGUCCUGACAAGUAUUCCUGAAAUGAACGCCCUGCUUGAUUUUUAAAAUUGUACUUUUAUUUAUUUUUAUUUUAUUUGGGGGAGAGCCGUGGCUAUCCCUGGUCUAGAAACCAAGUAGCACAAUGUGGCUGGAGUAAAAAAAAAAAAUUUGUGUUUUUUUAACCCCUCAUUUUCCUUUUCUUUGUAAUUGGGUGCCUAAAGCCGGGCUUGACUCUCCACACUCAGUAAGUGGGAAGGAGCAGGCUCGUUAGAAGGACCUGGACCAAUUUAAAAAUACAAGCUUUUUGUUUGCGGGGCUAUCCUUUGUCUCUAGUGGAUUUUGGUGUGAAAGAAGAUGAAAAAGGAAGGCUCUUCAGGUUCCUUCAGACUCAAGUCAAAUUCAGGCUCUCUCUCACGUGCCGUAAGUUGGAUAAAUUUCUCCUCCUUGUCCAGGCAGACAAAGAGGCUGUUUCGCAGUGACGGAGAGCUCUCGGUCUGUGGGCGGCAGGUGGAAGCAGAGGAUGAAAACUGGACCUACAGAACCCAGCCCAGAAAAGCGGUUUCCAAUCUAGACGAGGAGAGUAGAUGGACAGUCCACUACACAGCUCCAUGGCACCAGCAGGAGAACGUGUUCCUUCCCAGCACACGGCCCCCCUGCGUGGAGGACCUGCACCGCCAAGCCAAGCUCAACCUCAAAACAGUACUGAGGGAAUGUGACAAACUGCGGCGGGAUGGCUGCCGGAGCUCCCAGUACUACUCCCAGGGACCCACCUUCGCUGCCAGCUCCAGUCCACCCUGCGAUGAGUAUCAAGAUGAGGAUGAGGAAACAGAUCAGAAGUAUUCUCUCUCUUCGUCGGAAGAGGAAAGACUUAUUUCCAUCAGGAGACCUAACAUGCCAACCUCAAGCGACUUCCCUGAUCUUAAUACUCAAACGAACUGGGCCAAGUCCCUUCCCUUGCCGACACCGGAGGAGAAGAUGCGGCAGCACGCCCAAACUGUCCAGGCUGACGUGGUUCCUAUUAACAUCACCGGGGAGAAUUUCGAUCGCCAGGCCAGCCUUCGGCGGUCUCUAAUUUACACAGACACUCUGGUAAGACGACCGAAGAAAGUCAAAAGGAGAAAGACUAUUACAGGAGUCCCUGACAACAUACAGAAGGAGCUAGCCUCGGGCCCCGGCCAGGAUGACGGUGGGGGUCACGCAGUGUAUACGCCAGACCACUACUCAACACUAGGAAGGCUCGACAGCCACCGGUCGGCUGGGCAACGCUCCGAAACCAGGGACUCCAGCUGCCAGACCGAGGAAGUCAGAGUUGUACCUCCCUCAAUGAGAAGAAUCCGGGCACAGAAGGGGCAAGGCAUUGCUGCCCAGAUGGGCCACUUCUCAGGCUCGUCUGGGAACAUGUCUGUGCUGAGCGAUUCUGCGGGCAUCGUGUUCCCUUCCCGCCUCAGCCACGAUGCCGGUUUCCACAGUCUCCCACGUGCCAGUGCGAGGGCCAGCAUGCAGUCCCUCGAGCCCCAGCUCGGGGCCCUGGGCCCCGCAGAAGACCUGGAUGGCGUGUUCCCCUACCAGAGGGCCAGCCUCCAAGCAGACGAAAACUUAGGGCGGUUAGGGGGCGCCUCGAGGAACGGAACCCUUCUGAGGCCCCAGUCCCAGGAGCUGAGGCACUUUGAGAGUGAGAACAGAACAGGCCCAGCGUGUGUGGUGUCCCCUCACGGGACCUACUCCACCAGCAUCAUCCCCAAUGCCACCCUCUCCUCCUCGUCGGAGGUUAUUGUUAUCCACACCGCUCAGAGUUCCGGGCAGCUGGACAGUAAAAUGACCAGCUCCUUGUCAUACACAAAGAUGAAAUCCAGGGACCGCCUCCUCCCCAGGCACUCUGGUAAAGACGACCGCCAGUCUCCCAGCGGGCACUGGAGUGAGGGUCACUGCACCCUUGUUCCCCAGGCUUCGCAUCCCCAUUCCCCCAGGAGAGCCCCGCUCCUGCCCCUCUGCGAUCCCGCAGUCUCUCUCCAUACCCCAGUGAACCAGGAGAACGGGCCCCAAGCCAUGGCCUGUAACGGUAGAAAGAACGCGAGCCUCCCAGCACCCCCCCAGGAUGUGGAUGGCAAGAGUGAGUCCAGUUAUUCAGGAGGAAGGGGGCAUGGCAGCCUGGAGCCCUGGGAAUACGGUGCCUCAGGGAGUGGGCGGGCGUCCCCACUGAAGCCCCACCUGGCCAGUCCUGGUUGCUCCACUCCUCUAAGUAACAUGAGCAGCUGCAGCUUGGACCAGACGUCCAACAAAGACGACGCCAGGUCCCUGUACUCAGAGGACCAUGAUGGCUACUACACAUCUAUGCACCCCGAUGCUGGACACGGGUCUGGGAGUCUGUGCAGUAGCAGCAAUGGCUUUGGGAACCCCCGGCACAGCGUGGUCAAUGUUUUCGAAGGUAGAAGUCAGAAGAACCAAGGGGACCCGUCAAAUUUCCAUGAGAAAUCCCUUUCUCGAAACAUCUCUUUAAAGAAGGCAAAGAAGCCGCCUCUGCCACCCUCUAGGACAGACUCCCUGCGCAGGCUCCCCAAGAAGAACGCCCAGACCAACGGGCAGGUGCUCAACGAGAGCCUGAUCGCCUCACUCCAGCACUCGCUGCAGCUGAACCUCCCGGGCAAGGCCGGCCUGUCGCCCUCGCAGAGCCCCUGCAGUGACCUGGAAGAGCCCUGGCUGCCCCGCUCCCGCAGCCAGAGCACAGUGAGCGCAGGCAGCAGCAUGACGUCUGCCACCACGCCCAACGUCUACUCCCUGUGCGGGGUCACCCCGUCACAGAGUGACACGAGCAGCGUCAAGUCCGAGUACACGGACCCUUGGGGCUACUACAUUGACUACACGGGCCUGCAAGAAGACCCUGGGAGCUCCGGCGGGGGCUGUUCGGCCUGCAGUGGGACGCCAACCGGCCAUGGGCCAGCCCGCCCUGUCCAGGAGGGCUCCAGGGCCACCAUGCCCCAAGUGCCCGGUGGCUCUGUCAAACCAAAGAUCACAUCGCCGGAGAAGUCACAUCGAGUCACUUCUCCAUCCAGUGGGUAUUCCAGCCAGUCGAAUACACCCACAACACUCACCCCUGUGCCUGUGUUUUUAAAAUCAAUGUCACCAGCCAAUGGGAAGGGAAAGACCAAGCCCAAGGUGCCAGAGAGGAAGUCCUCGCUGGUGUCUUCGGUAUCCAUCUCCUCGUCAUCCACGUCCCUUUCUUCUAAUACGUCUACGGAAGGAAGCGGAACCAUGAAGAAGCUGGACCCAGUGCCGGCCUCUCUCCCUGCUGCUCCUCCUCUCCCGACUCUUCAGCCUCCUUGUCCUGCCGACAAGUCUCCUUUUCUCCCCCCUCCCCCGCCUUUAGCAAAUUCCCCCGAGGGCUCUCCUCUGCCUCCGUCCCCCCUUUUCCCCCCUCCCCCACCCGAAGUUCUUCUUCCCUUCUGCCCUCCUCCUCCUCCUGACAUGUGCUUCUCUCCUCCCCCCACAGCAGGUAGCCCCCCUCUGGGUCCUGCCCCUGUGCUGUCCCCUCCCCAGUCUUCGCCCUCCUUGGUUCCCCCUCCUGCCCCACCCCUGGACCCCAACUUGAUGAAGGACGCUAGGCCUUCUUUCCAAAAGCCUAGCCAGCCGGACCCCCCCCAGGAGGCCUUCCGGCAGCCCGGGGCCAAGGAGGAGGGCGGCAGGCGCCCCAUGCCCCUGGUAACCACGGAAGCAUUGCAGAUGGUGCAGUUGAGGCCAGUGAGGAGGAACUCGGGAACCGAGGGAGCGCUCUUUCAUGAACAAGCUUCUCAGGAAAAAAGAACUCCAGUUGUGCCCCAGUAUCAUUUAAAGCCAUCUGCUCUCCUGAAAUCCCGAAAUAGCAUAAAUGAAACGGAGAGUGAAAGCCAGUCCGCCUCCGGGACAAGCUCGCUGCUGACUCCCGCCAAGACCAUGAGUCAGGGUCACCGGGACUGUGCGGCCGAGCGCGGCCACGGCCCAGGCGGUGCUGGGGAGGCAGGGGCCGGGCCGGGGCCGGGGCAGGCCCCGCAGCAGACGGCCCCCGGGCCUUCACCCAGCAGGAAGCCGCCCCCCAUUUCCAAGAAGCCCAAACUGUUCCUGGUGGUGCCACCUCCGCAGAGAGAUUUCACAGCGGAGCCAGCAGGGAACGUGAGCGAAGCAGCGCCCGGCCCCACGAAGGCAGAGGCCAAAGAGAGUUGUGCCGCCGGGGCUGGUGCUGAUGAGACCGACUCCGGCAACUCGGUUCUUGAGGGCGGAGCUGCAGGAUCCACGUCCCCAGGCAGAGUGGAAGCCAAUGUCCCCAUGGUGCAGCCCGAAGCCUCGCCAGCCGUCGCCAAGCAGGAGGAGCCAGACACCGAGAACAGCGGGGACAGUGAGGAGAGCUGCCUGCCUGCGCAGGACCCCGGGCCGGGGGUUCCGGAGACCGACGCAGCCAUCUCUUCCUCAGAGGACUUCCCGAAGGAAGAAGGGAGCGAUGAGGCGAUGACCCCCAGUAGACCCCGGACCACGGAAGACCUCUUUGCAGCUAUUCACAGAUCCAAGAGGAAAGUCCUCGGCCGUAAGGAUUCAGAUGACGAUCACGCCCGAAACCAUUCUCCCUCCCCACCAGUGACACCCACCAGUGCUGCCCCCAGCCUGGCCUCCCCAAAGCAAGUGGGAUCGAUUCAGAGAAGUGUCCGUAAGAGCAGCACCAGCAGUGACAACUUCAAAGCUCUGCUGCUGAAAAAGGGGAGUCGGUCAGACACCAGUGCCCGCAUGUCCGCCGCUGAGAUGCUCAAGAACACGGACCCCAGAUUCCAGAGGUCAAGGUCGGAGCCUUCGCCAGACACUCCCGACAGCCCAUCCAGCUGUUCCCCAAACAAGAACAGAAGGGCCCAGGAGGAAUGGGCUAAGAACGAAGGCUUGAUGCCUCGGAGUCUGUCCUUUUCUGGCCCCAGGUAUGGCCGCAGUCGAACCCCGCCCUCUGCAGCCAGCAGCAGGUACAGCAUGCGGAACCGAAUCCAGAGCAGCCCCAUGACCGUCAUCUCGGAAGGCGAAGGCGAAGCCUUGGAGCCUGUAGACAGCAGGGCGCGCCGUGCCCUGGGCGCUGCAAGGGGGUGUUCCCUGGAUGGGCUGGCGGGGGAUGCACUGGACGAGGGCAGCCUGCUCUGUGGUGGGGAGCCCGCCGCCUUGCUGCGGGCACAGGCCGCCGGCCCCGCAGAUGGGACAGCCAGUGCCGAGGGCAGGGGUCCAUCAGCACUGUGUGGCGGUCCUCCGAGGGAAGAGAGUUAGGGGCAAGAAUGUAGUCCCCCAGGUGACGUGGGGGAGAUGCCCAACACAUGGCUCUAGGAAGCUGGAGGGGGACCCUUCGCUGCCUGCCCGUGGAGCCGGGCACUGCCGCGCCUACAAUGGAUGAGGGUUAUUUAGGACUCACUUGGCACUUGCCCUGUGGCUAAAAGCAAGUAGAAGCUUAACUUCUGAAAGUGCUUCCUGGGGAAGACUUUUUUUCCUAAAUGCUGGGGUGGGGUGGGGGGGAGGCAGUGAACAGGGGUGGGUGUGUGUGUGUGUGUGUGUGUUUUGAACAUUUUUUAUGUUAAAAAAUAUACACACACACAAAUAACAUGUACAGAUAUAUGAGGAAAGAAGACAGAGUUAAGCUAGGUAGAGUAUUGGAUGCUUCUGGACUAGGAGAUCAUCGCUUUAACCAUGAGUCUAUGGAAACGAGUGUGUUCCAGAAGAAAGGAGACGACCAUUACGUUUAAGACAGAGCGGGUAGCUUUGCUGGUUCUGAGUGCACAGAACACGUGGGUAUAUGCACAGGUGUGCUUUCAUGGUAAACCCAAAAGGUUGGGAAAGGGCGAAGUGACUAAUUGGUUCAGGUACUUUUUUCUGGGGGAGGAAAAAAAGACUUUGUUUCUUUUUUGUAAAAAUGACAAGCAUGUGGACCUGGUGAGACUGUAACUUGGAGCCUGCUGCUGUGCAGCCACAGACAUGCAACGUGUAGCCCGAGUUUUGGAAGUUGGGUGAUUUCUUCCAUGGAAUUCCUCCUGGAGUGGCAAGGGCCUCUGAGAACAGAAAGGAGGGUGUGCACAUUCAGAGAGGGUGGGAGCGAGGAAGAGGCAGAGGAGGAGGCGAUACACUGCUGGGAUUUGUUUCCUGCUUAGUAAAGAAAAUUAUUUUUCAGAACUAAAUUUGAAAACUUGCACUAUAGAACUGUGGGUGGAGCGUUUCCUUUUACAACUUUUUUUUUUCCUACCAGAGUUUAAACUUCCAUUUGGCAAUUUCUUAUCACUUGAAAUGUCAACAUUUGCUAACUUUUGGAUAUUCUUUUGGUUACACCAAAGAAAAAGUUAUGGCUAUUUUUCCUUGAACUGCCUGCAGGAUCAUGUCUUCACUGAGAAAGUUUUAUCAAAAUCUAUUAUAUAUUAUCUUACUUUGACGAAAAUGCUGAAUAGCUCUUGUUAGUUUAAUAAACUGAUAAAAACUGGCAGGGCUUGGCUAUGAAUUAGCCCUGGGAAAUGAGUUUUUAGAUUAAAAAGAUUUUUUGCAUCAUUUGGUUUGUGCGUUUUUAUAUUUUUUAUAAAUAAUUGAGUUAGGUAAUUACCUUCUAAUCUUCUUUGGUUAGAAUGUUAACACUUUUAGACAUGGGGAAAAGUGUGUAAAGUAUUUAUUUUUAUGUCAUAUUCUUGCAGCCCCUUCCCCCACUCCCUCCCCACUGACAUGUCCUUGAUUUAUUGGUGAAUAAAAUCAGAGUCUUGUCUUCGAAGGACCUAAGGUGGCGACACUGAGGUUCUCAGAUUACAUACAAGGCGGCUGCCUGUUGCGAUCUUUUCUGGUAUGAAAAUCUCAUCUAAAAGCCGGACUGCUCAGGCCAUAUCAUCAUAAGGUUUGUACCAUAAAACUUCAGGUACCCGUUCUAGACACGUCUUGGAGACAAGAAACAAAUCUAAAGAAUUAAGGCUCCUUCCAUUCUCUGAAGAAAACAAAACACUUCUUUUCGCACAACCAGAGAUCAAGACCUAACAUUUGGCCGAAAGCGAAGGACUCUUUUUUCACUUUUUUGGAGCAAUUGUCUACUAUAUUGGGAACAAGGAUAUUUUUUCUUCUAAAUUUUAGAAAAGUGGUGUCAGCUUUUGAAUAUGAAAUCUCAUAGCUACCUAGAAAAGAUUAGAAUUUCCCUGGCUAUCAGAAAACUUUAUCGUAAUGUACAUUACGUAAUUAUAUAUGUUGAAGGGAAAAUAAGCAACAUCAAAACUAAUGAUAAAACUAUUUUUUAAA